AUGGCCGGCACAAAGCGCUCAGCGGACAGCGCGGAGACUAAAGCCUACAAAAAGCCCAAGUUCGAAAAAUUCACUGCCGUCGGAAGCAAAAAGUCAUUUCCCGCCGACAAGCCCAAGUAUGGUGCCGCAGCCACGGACUCCAAAGACAAGGAGACCGUCCUCAAUGGCAAGACCUCAGCCGAAACGCACCGCGAGCAAAAGCACCUAGCCGCGCAACGCAAAGCCUCCAAGCCCAAUGCGGACCUGAUCCAGCGCAGCAAGAAGAUCUGGGAACGCCUACGCCGCAAGUCGCACGUGCCGCGCGAGGAGCGCGAGCAGCUCGUCAAGGAGCUGUUCGAGAUCAUCACGGGACGGGUAAAGGACUUUGUGUUCAAGCACGAUAGUGUGCGGGUCAUUCAAUGUGCAGUCAAAUACGGGAGCAAGGAGCAGAAGAUGAUGAUUGCGCGGGAGUUGAAGGGCUGCUAUCGGGAGCUGGCGGAGAGCAAGUACGCCAAGUUCCUGGUAGGGAAGCUGGUGGUGGUGGGCGACGAGGCGCGGGACUUGGUGGUGGCUGAGUUUAGUGGGUGGAUCAAGCGAGGCGUGAGGGGCUCGGAGAGCGGGUGGAUUCUGGAUGAUGUGUAUCGUGGGGCGGCGACUGAGGGGCAGAAAGAGCUGCUGUUGAGGGAGUGGUAUGGCCCUUCGGUGGGGUUGUUGAAUGGGGAAAAGGGGGACUUGGGCACGACUGGCGAGCUGAAGACAAUCUUGACGGCGAAGCCAGAGUUGAGAGGACCGGUGAUGCAGCAUCUCAAGGAGAUGUGUAACCAGUUGGUACAGAUGAAGAAGACGGGGUUCACGAUGCUGCAUGAUGCGUUGUGGCAGUAUUGGGACAACUGUGUGGCGGGCGGGCCGGAGGAGAAGGAGGUCAUGGACUGGCUUCGAGAUGAUGAAGAGGGCGACCUGGUCAGGAAUCUGGCGUUCACCGGGAGUGGAUCAAGAUUGCUUUGCAAUUGUCUGGCAGCCGGCGACGCAAAAUAUCGCAGAGGCUUGCUGGGGUCUUUGAAGGGUCAUGUGAGACUUCUGGCGAGCGACACGCAUGGCAUGAGGGUCCUGGUGACUGUCUCGGAAGUCAUGGACGACACCAGAGAAGUGAACAAGACUUUGUUCAAGGAACUGCUUGGCAAGGAUAUGGAGGAGCAGUUGAGGAAACAGGAACUGCUCGGCCAGAUCAAUCACUUGGUUGCACGGAUCCCCUUGCUGUGGCCGUUUAAUGCCACGCCGCCAAAGUGGCUGGUGAGCGAAGAAGACAUAAAAAUCGUGGAGGAAGUGAGGGAGCGGAGAAAGGAGACAUCCAAGAAAGAUCCCGAAAAGAGGAGGGUGGAAUUGUCCGAGGCACUUUCUCAGCCACUGCUCGACUUCAUCGCAGCUAAUGCCGCGGCGCUGGCUGAAACAGGCUAUGGAUGUCAAUUCGUCGCCGAGGUGCUCUUGAACGGUACAGGUGAUAAGGACGAAGCACUGCAGGCAGUGGCCGACCUGGCCGCCGGCUCAGCGGACGAAACCCUUCAGACGCCCCAAGCCGGCCGUAUGUUGAAGACGCUCGUCGGAGGCGGACACUUCGACAAGACGUCUGGUACGAUUGUGCAGGUCGACCCACCUCUGAAUUUCCACGAUCGACUAUACGGAGCCAUCACAGCGGAAGACAAGGACCGAGUCCUGCAGUGGGCCACCGGUCCAAACUCGUUCUCAAUCCUUGCCAUGCUUGAGGCACCGGGCUUCACACACAAGGACGAGCUGAUGCAGCUGCUCAGGACAAGGAGCACCGAUCUGGAGGUAGACAAUGUCGGAGCAAGGAAGAUCCUGGAUCUCUUGGGCGUCCAGGAGCAGGCAGAGGCGAUACCUGCCAAAAGUAAGACCUCGAAGAAGCGGAAGUCGAAAGCAUGA